UCUUCGACUACCAUUGGGCGAGUAUUCGGAAUCCGUUCCUACCAUGGAGCUGGCUAUCAACUGUUCACAAGACUAUUCUUUCACUGGGCGAGGCUGACGCCAAGUUUUUUUUAUACAAAAUCUCGCUGCACGUGAUCUGCGCCAGAAAAUUUCGCAAAACUGCUAUCUUCCCGAUAAUUCUUGGCUUCUAACGCGCUUUGACUCAAAAUGUCCCGAUCAGGCGACCAUUCACAUCUGGUGCGAGAAGUAGAAGCCCCUACAACACCAGCUAGCCAAGUCAAGACGUAUGAUGCGAUACCUCCUUCUUCAAACAGAUCGUUUCUUUCAUCGGUUGUUGAUCUAUUCCAGCAAGCUAAAACAAACGCGACCAGUGAGUUUGACCAACUGUAUGACACGUUUUCCGUGUCCAGAGAGAAUGUCACUCCGCAGAAGAACUCAAACGCAAAAAACGUAAACUCGAAUCGACAAAGAGUGGAAAAGAGAUACUCGCAGUCAACGCCUUCCGCGAAACGAGAAAAACACUAUAUCACUAGUUUAACUCCACACUUUGAACGACAAAACAUAAGGGAUAGCCCAAUACGAUCUGCUAAACGGCAAGCCAUAUCUAGUGCGCGUACUGCGAGGCAUUGGGAAGAAUCAAAGAAUGAGACCGACUUUCACCCAAAUCGCUCGCUUACUAAGGCUCUCGAAAAAGUUGCCGUGGAUGAUCCCAGCAUACUUCAUAACACAACGAGUUAUCUCUCGACUAAUUCUAAUUCACGAACGCGGCUAGAUCUCGAUGAACUCGAUGAUGAACUACAUAGAGUGGCGCGGCUUGAUCACAACUUGGACAUUGUCCGGCAACAGGUGCAAGCUUUAUUCACUACGAGUUCCAUGGAAUACAAUGGACAUGAAAGCUCCUUUGUAUCAAAAAAAUCUAGUUACUUUGAGCCAAACAAUGCUCAAGGAGAAGAGCCUUCUACUCAUGAAACUGUGUUUUCAGAACCACAUCCUCAGGCGAAGCUAAUACGUUCUUCAUCAGUGAUUCAUCCGGAAUACGAUAUAUACAACAGAGCAUCGCAUCGAAAUUCAAAUGAUAAUGAAAUCAGUCUCAUGAAUAGGUCCUCAAAACUGCCAUCGUUACAAAUUUCUCCAGUUCCACUGGCCAAACCAUUACCUACACAUAAAACACCAUCCAAAUCUUCGCCAUAUCGCAGACCGUUCCGAGCUUCAUCACCCUCCCCUCACAAGACCCAGCAUCAUCCACAACGACUGCUUUCAAAAUCUCCCAAGCCUUCCACCAGAUUCAGCUCGAUUGCGGAUUCGUCAUAUAGAGAAACAGGCACCUCGACACCGCUGAGAAAUAGCAAGCCAUCUGCACACGAAAGGACGCAUAUAACUAACUUUGGACAUACACAGCUUAACAAUGCUCCUCCACCAAGGACACUUUUCGAUGAACUCUCUAAUGCCGGCGCAAGCUUUAAUAACGCCAAGAAAACGCCAAGUCAACGUACUACGGUUCUGAAGAGGUUGGAUGACUCUGAGGUUUUCAGCGGAGAAAAUUCAGAGUAUUUCAACACCCCACAUAGCAAGGAUAACCAUGGCACAAAUAUCAUACCUGGAGACGAGUACACUUUCCACGGCCAACGCUUUCGGAUAGAAGAAGAAAUUUCAUAAUUUUUUUAUAUUUGUGUAAUCAUUGUCUGCUGUCUUCGUGUUAGGGAUACAAUACACAUGACAUCAAUUGUGUUCGAUGACGUUUGUACAAUAUAUUCUAUGUGGUUUUGCUGUCCUUCAAGCUACACUGCGAUGAACAAAUGCAUAUCUAUAAUAAGGUGAUCAAAGACACCGCAAUCGCUUGGUCGCAUGAUGAUCAUAAAGACAUUC